UUAAAUAAUUUUUUUAUUUUUUACAGUAAUUUUAUUUUCUAGAUAUUUUUUUUAGCGUAAUUGCAAAAUACUGUUUUUUUAAUAAAGAGUAAUUCCUUAAUGAAGAGGAAUAAUAUCAUGCUUAGAAUAUUUUCCUCUUGGUUUUAGAAAAAUGUCACAUAUAAGUGAAUUCUGAUAAAAAUGAGAUUAAGUUCUUUUGAAUAUUUCAAACAUUCGACACUUCGUGUUCGUCAUAAAAAUAUUGUUAAGAUAAAUCAGAUUGGGCAGUCCUGAAUAUAAACAUUCUCCUCUUCCUACCGGCCAGCUGACCUUCGUUUUCUUCUUCCUCCCCCACGCGGAGCCUUUAUAGCUCUAAUCGGCUCUAAUAUACGAAGCAAUUAUUUGCCACUGGCUUCUGUUUGUUACAAUUGUUCGUCAUCGGGCGCGAAUUGCAUUUCGCUCGCUCGCUGCCGGGAUGCCACCUGCUCCGCGGACGCAAACGCGACACACUAUUUUAAGAUCGGCUUCUUAUCACUGCGGGGGGCGGGAGGUCGAAAGGUUGUUUUUUCCGUUCGGUUAAUAUAAGAGCCGGUAGUGAUUCUCUAGCAGCCAAUAGACCUCGCCGCGAUCGCGCACACAGACGGUUUGCGAAUCUUAUAAAUUUCGCGCAAGAAUAAAAAGAAGAAAACGAAGUCAAUUGCAUCCCGCACGAAACUCGUUGAAUUUCUUUGAUUACAUGCUCCGUGUGAGAACCGGUGGCUCUCGAUCGUAUCUUGUGAUCGCAGUGGAUUGCACACCGUGAGAGCUUUCUGUUUACAAAAAUCUGCAAGUGAGAGGCGCAUCGAUUACCGCGCCAGCGUGCAUGAAUAAUUCCAAUCCAAUCAAACGGGAAUAAGAACUAUAGACAUAACACGCUAAAUCUAAUCUAUAUAACUGCAUAAAUAUAAUAAAAUUCAUAGAAUACAUUAAAACUGAUCUGGCCAUCACAGUUAAACGCAUAUAAUCAAUAAUCCCCAUAAUUAAUAUUCCUAAUUAAUAUUUACAAAUAAAAAACAUCGCGCGUGCCUGUUGUUGGUCUUUGACACUUGAAGCGCGAGACAAUCACGAUGCCUUACAUCGAGACGAUCGACCACAAUUCCAAGCCCGCCCAAGACUCUAAUAAUCUUCAGCUGGCUAAUCUUUCGGAAGAUUAUGCAAUCAAGUCGAAAAUCGCGUGCUCGAUAUGGCUGGAGAAAAAGAACGAACAGUCAACCAGGAUGUUGGCGCGCUUUCUUAGCACUCGAGAUCAAGAUCAAGCUACGAAUGCGGAGGAUGUCUUGUUUGAUAUGUUCAAGAACGAGGAGUCCGACCUCUUAUCGGUGGGGAAAUUUUUAGCUGCUCUAAGGACAACCGGCUUACGGAAGAAUGAUCCAAGACUUCAGGAAUUCACGGACAGUUUGAAGAAGGAACAUGCGAAAACCGGCGCUCACGAGGGCGUGUCACAUGAAACGCAAAAACUUGAUAAAGAACAGUUCAGGAGAAUCAUAAACCCCAACAUCGUCCUGAUCUCGCGGGCAUUCAGGCAUCAAUUCAUAAUUCCCGACUGGGCCGGCUUCACCAAGCACAUUGAGGAUUUUUAUUGGAAAUGUAAGACGAACACCGAAGGCAAGGUGGCCUCCUACAUACCACAGCUAGCCAGGAUGAAUCCCGAAUAUUGGGGUGUCUCCGUGUGCACAAUCGACGGCCAGCGAUUCAGCAUCGGUGACACUUCAAUACCCUUCACCCUUCAGAGCUGCAGCAAACCACUGACCUAUGCGAUAGCCUUGGAAAGGCUAGGUCAAGAGGUAGUGCAUCAAUAUGUCGGUCAAGAGCCGUCCGGUAGAAACUUCAACGAGCUUGUGUUGGAUUACAACAAGAAGCCGCACAAUCCGAUGAUCAACGCCGGCGCGAUACUGGUUUGCUCGCUCUUGAAAACUUUAAUCAAGCCGGAAAUGGCCUUAGCCGAAAAAUUCGACUUCACGAUGGACUACUUCAAGAGAUUGUCCGGCGGCGAGAACCUCGGCUUCAAUAACGCGGUCUUCCUGUCGGAACGAGAGGCAGCCGAUCGAAAUUACGCGUUAGGGUUUUACAUGAGGGAGCACAAGUGUUACCCGGACAGGACGAAUCUGCGUGAGAUUAUGGAUUUCUACUUCCAGUGCUGCGCCAUGGAAGCGAAUUGCGAGACGAUGGCGGUGAUGGCGGCGACUUUGGCGAACGGCGGCAUUUGUCCGAUCACCGAGGAAAAGGUCCUAAAACCUGACAGCGUCCGUGACGUAUUGAGCCUCAUGCACAGCUGUGGCAUGUAUGACUAUAGCGGACAAUUCGCAUUCAAAGUCGGUAUACCGGCGAAGUCCGGUGUAUCGGGAAGCCUUCUAAUGGUAAUACCGAAUGUCAUGGGAAUUUGCACGUGGUCUCCGCCUUUAGAUCCGCUUGGGAAUUCCUGCCGCGGUGUUCAGUUUUGCGAGGAACUCGUGAACGAAUUCAACUUUCACAGGUACGACAAUUUGAAGCACGCAACGAACAAAAAGGAUCCUAGACGGCAGAAGUACGAGACGAAAGGUCUCUCCAUCGUUAAUCUCCUGUUCAGCGCUGCCAGCGGUGACGUCACCGCGAUGAGGAGGCAUCGGCUGAGCGGAAUGGACAUGACUCUGUCGGACUACGACGGCAGAACCGCAUUGCACUUGGCCGCGAGUGAAGGCCAUCUGGAUUGCGUCGAGUUUCUGAUCGAGCAAUGCGGCGUCCCACACAAUCCCAAGGACAGAUGGGGCAAACGACCGGUCGACGAAGCCGAGACUUUCGGGCACAUGCAGGUGGUGGAGUAUCUCAACAAUUACACCCUCGCGCACAACACCGAGCUCGAAAACAAACAGAACGAGUGUAUCGACGACGACAGCGAGUCCUGCAAAACGACGGAAACGGCGGUGCAAUCGCCAUUACCAUGAGCAAUGGGUGACAACGAAUUUGCGCGAGACUAAGGUUGCGGCGGCGGCUAUGCGAGGGUGGAGACAAAAGAUCGCGUAGAAAUUGUCGCGAGACGAGGAAGAGGCGCGAGAGUAUUGAUCGUGGUAAUCGGGGAUACGAGGUCAUUGAGAGAAGAAACGCAUUCUCAUCGUAGACAGCGAAAAUAACCAUUAUACAGGAUAUUACUUUCUUAAAAUGAAUCAGUAAAGUUUUCUGAUUGAGUCAGUAAAAUGAGUGUUUCAACGAUAAGUUGAGUGAGAACUCACUGAUUUUCCGUGGAAACUUCCUCUUUACUGCUCCGUCUUAUAUCUCGCUGACUCUGACGAGUGGAAGUAACUUUCUCAAAGUAAAUCGCACAGUAAAAAUGUUGCUUCUGCUAGUCUAGCAAAAUCUUUUCGUUAUUAUAUGAACAGCAAAAAGAUUUGCUAAGAGUACUAAUCACUAUUUGCUGAAUAUAAUUUGCUGAAUCUACAAAUUAUUUUGUUGUAAGAUCCAUGAUGGAUUUAU